CGGAAAGGUGCGUGGAAGACACGGCCGGGUACCUCGGGUUCGUCGGCCUGGAUGAGGCCACCGGUACCAAGCCGCUGAAGAUGGUGGUGGGUGGUGGUGCGGCAGCGGGUCCGAGGCACACGAUUGAUAACAUUUUGGGACUGGCGAGGAAGGAGGACCGGGACGAGAGGGCAGGAACGCCGGGAACAGGAGAAAGUGCAGGAGAGGGCAGCUGCAACUCGAAUGACGGCCUCUCCUCCGAUCUCCGCUUCAACAAAUCCGUGGCCAGCGGUUCGGACGACGAGGGCCCCGCCAACAGCUCCGGCCUCUCCGGCGGCGAGGGCGACGCCUGCAAGAAGAAGCACCGGCGCAACAGAACCACCUUCACCACGUACCAGCUGCACGAACUGGAGCGCGCCUUCGAGAAGAGCCACUACCCGGACGUGUACAGCAGGGAGGAGUUGGCGAUGAAGGUCAAUUUGCCCGAAGUCAGGGUUCAGGUGUGGUUCCAGAAUCGACGAGCAAAGUGGCGCCGCCAAGAAAAAAUGGAAGCCGCCCGCCUAGGUCUCAGCGACUACCACGCCGCAGCCACCCUCUCAAGAGCGGCAGGCGGCACCGGCCUCACCCUGCCCAUGGACCCCUGGCUCUCACCGCCUCUCCUCUCCGCUCUACCAGGCUUCCUCAGCCACCCCCAGACCGGCUACCCCAGCUACCUCACCUCACCAGUGGCGGCGGACUCGGUGAGGCAAAGCGCGCCGCCCAUGGCGCACUCACACUCGCCUGGAACGACGCCGCCCGAUUUGAGGACGACGUCGAUAGCCGCCCUAAGACUCAAGGCCAAAGAGCACGUGGAGAGUUUGGCGAAAGGACUGCAGAUGGUGUAACGCGUGUGUGUCGUUGUUGGGACGGAGAACUUGACAAUCCGAUUUGUGUAAAUAUAAAAACGUAAAGACUAUAGUACGGCCCUGUGUAUAUAUUGUUGUGAAUGACCGGAACGGUUUGAUUUUAUUGUGAAAAUGUU